UAAACAUACCUUUCACUGAACGAUGAUAAGGAGAGAGGUGCAGGUGGGUGAACCUUCAACUUCCCGUGUGUCUUGUAGUUCUGAUCUUACAGACUCAUUAUUUGAACAAGAAAGUAGUGAACAUUGUAGAUUGUUGUCCAGAGAAUUCAUUGGAUGCGAUGUACGGGUACUGGAUGUUACCACUGAUUCCGGCCCUGCCUGUGGCGUCCGCUGCAACAGACAGACAAUCCAUCGCCUCCUGCCCAUCACGAGGUGGUUGCCUCAAUACACGUUGUCGUGGUUCGUCAGAGAUUUCAUCGCCGGAGUCACUGUGGCCCUAACAGCAAUACCGCAGGGUAUUGCCUAUGCCGUUGUUGCUGGACUGGACCCUAGGUUUGGUCUUUACUCGGGAUUUAUGGGAUGUUUCGUUUACGCGUUUCUUGGUUCAACAAAAGACAUAACAAUUGGCCCUACGGCUAUCAUGGCACUUCUGACGCACAAGUAUGUCUCCUCAGCCUCUGCAGAUUAUGCAAUCCUGCUAGCGUUCCUCACAGGCCUCAUCAUAUUACUAUUUGGAUUCCUUCAACUAGGGUUUCUGGUUGAAUUUAUCUCCAUGCCAGUAACAUGUGGAUUUACAUCUGCGGCGGCUGUGACUAUUGCUGUGUCACAGAUCAAUAAUCUGCUUGGACUGACGGGGAAGCCGGACGGGUUCGUCGAGUGUCUGCUGUAUUUGACUAAACAUAUCGGUGAUCUUAGACUCGGAGAUACAAUACUGGGACUCUCCACAAUAGCCACUCUUGUCUUGAUCAAGGCUCUAACAGGCAAAGCAUCCAGGUGUGACUUACCCCUGGUAUUGAAAAAGUCAUUUUGGCUUCUUGGAGUUGCAAGGAACGCUGUGGUCGUUAUUGCUGGAUCCGUCAUUGCUUAUAUUUACUUCUGUUAUGGACAAACUCCCUUUCGACUGACUGGUGAAGUUGUAUCUGGGUUUCCACCUUUCGCACUUCCACCAUUCUCAACUGUUGAAGGCAACAGGACAGUAAACUUCCCUGACAUGGCUUCAAAACUAGGGUCUGGCAUUGUAGUCAUACCCCUCAUUGGUAUACUGGAGAGCAUUUCUAUUGCUAAGGCUUUCGCUAAAGGCAAGACAGUGGACGCCACUCAGGAGAUGGUAGCUCUGGGAGUGGCCAAUAUCUUGGGGUCCUUCUUCAGUUCCAUGCCAGUGACAGGAUCCUUCACCAGAACUGUUGUCAACAAUGCUUCAGGUGUCAAAACACCAUUCGGUGGUGUCUUCACAGGAAUUAUGGUUCUGUUGUCCGUUGGAUUUCUUACGUCCAGUUUUUACUUCAUUCCUAAAGCCAGUCUGUCAGGAUUGAUCAUAUGUGCAAUGAUUUAUAUGGUGGAAUAUGAAGCAGUCAUCAUGCUGUGGAGGACAAAAAAAACUGAUCUCUUACCAUUCCUUGUGACAUUUUCUGCUUGUCUACUGCUUGGCUUGGAAGUGGGAAUGGUGGUAGGAAUAAUGGCCAACCUUCUCUUCAUCCUCUAUAACUCAGCUAGACCUUUUGUUGCUAUGCAGUGGCUCACAGUCGGAGGAGAAGAAGUUCUUCUGGUUACACCGCGAGAGAGUCUCGUGUUCCCAGCCACCGAAUAUUUGAGACAAGUAAUCGUCGAGACAAUCACCACAAGGCAGCUAAAUUGUACCGUUGUUAUUGACGGAUUCCAUGUCAGUCGUAUUGACUCCACCAUGGCCAAGGGCAUGAAGGUGCUGACAGAAGAUUUAGCUGCACAAAAGGAGACCAUGUACUUCUGGAGGUGGGGGGAGGCGGCGAUGCUGACUGUUGUAGGCUAUGAUCCUGCUCUGGCUUCAUAUUUUAGGUUUGACGAUACACUCCUGCAUCUGAUUAAAGGACCUGAUUAUAUCAACGCUAACUCUGACCUGAACAGUACAAAAGUUUCCGAGGUUGCUUCACACAUUCCUGAGAUCUCCAUCGGUACCAAACUGAGCUAAAGUUACCCUUCUCUGUGAUAGAGUUGACUUGUAAAUUGUAGGUUUGUCACAGAGGUGUAAGUUCUCUACCUUAUCCAUACAUUGCCCAUAAAAUUCUAAUUGUUUAUUGAAAUAAUUGUACGAUUAGUAGCAUUAAGUGUUUUACUAAUGGUUUCAAUUAGUGGUGUCUAGUUUUUUAAUGUACAAAAUAUUGGACAAAAUUCUUAAUUUCCACUAUGGUGCAAUAUUUUUAAACAGUGUAAACACAUUUAAAACAUUCAAAACUAACUUUAAAACACAGUUUUGAAGUGUUAUUAAUGUUGUGUUAUAAGAAAUUCUGAAAUUUGUAUUACAUAUUUCAUAUUCUAUGUGUAAUCAUACACAUAUUUAAUUAGCCUACACUUUUGAAUCUCUCUUUUCUUUUCAAUUAAAAUCAACAUCAAACUUUAGUUUCAUUAUAGGUUGAGAUUCUGCAGUUAAAAAAAAUGUGAUAUUAGUAAUUUAUUCUGACUGACGCAUAAUAUUUUUAUUUCUGUACGUCAUUAUAACUGUAGGUGUUAUUAAGUAUUUUAAAUUAAAUGUUGUAUGUGAUAAUUUAACAUUUCUUAACUAAUUAAUUCCAUUGUAUUUAAAAUAAUAUUAAUGGUUAUUUUAGAAAUAAGACUUUUAUUUAAAAAAUAAAAAGUCCUAUUUCAAUAUGUCUAUACUUAAGAGUACAAUUUUUUAAGUUGUGAAAAAUUAUGUAAGAUUAUCUUAUUUUAGAUAGAUGCUAAGAGUUGUGUGUGUUUUUUAAACUAAGUACCGUUUUGAUAUAUAAGGAAACAAGUAAACAUUUUGUAACAAUUUUAUUUUUAUAUUAAAGCCCACACUUUGAUCUAAUGUUCUACGUAAUUGCCACCAAUAUUACCAAACAUCAUAUAGAAAAACAACUUUUCAUACCUACAUCACAGAAGUUAGCAGCCUGUUAUAGUAGUGACUGCAACAGGAUUUGUUUUGAUUUUAUUGUUGUCAUUGUAACACUUCAAGAUGCUUCUUCGGUUGCAAAAGAAGCAUGGUAGUCACUGGGUGCUAGGUUGGUGCUGUAUGGAGCAUUAUCAGAUUAUUACCAACCAGUUGUUGCGAUGAGAUCUUGGGUUUGUAUUUCUGCAUGCGUACAGGCAUUGUCAUGCAGCAAACAAUCCGUUUUUAGAUAGUUUAAAUAAUGAUUCAGAUGGUCAAUAAACAUUUCAUAGAGAACAUUUCGUGAAACUUGAGGAAACUCCUCUGAUAAUGAAGAAAUCAUGAAGCGUUUGUUCAUUUUCAUUUUGUAAUUCAAUUCCUGCACCGAGUUGUUAGUGAUCACUAAGGGUAGUCUAUUCCGUUUCUCAUCAUGAACAUUCUUUGAGCCAUCUUUUAAAAUUAUUACCCGUUUGUGUGCUAUUACAUCACUCAAUUGUUUUGUAUGUUCAUUUCACAAUUCUGACAGUGAAUUUCAACUACUUUCACACUUUUAGCGUUAAGAAAACAAAUAAUAGUGUGUAUUUCUCAGUAACAGAUAUAAACACAAUCAAUGUUUAUUACCAUAAUGAUGUUAGUGGCUUGCCAACAGAUGAACGGUAGACAGUGCACAAGCACUGAUCACUAACUAUAGUGAUGGGUAGCGGAAUUUCAAAAUGGUACUUACUUCAAAAACACACCUCAUACUUAUUGUUGUAAAUUAUAUUUGGAAAAUGACGUAUUUCUGUUAUUUAGUACUUGUGUAUAUUUUUACAGAAUCUAAUGUUAAGGUAAUUUGUAUUGUUUUUGUUACUGUAAAUAAAUAUAUUUUAUACA